AUGGCGUGCACCAAACAGGUCGGUCAGGAGCUCCGCAAGAUGACCGCUUUCAUAAAGCAAGAAGCAAUGGAAAAGGCCCGCGAGAUCGAAAUCAAGGCCAACGAAGAGUUCGCAAUCGAAAAGUCCAAGCUCGUCCGGCAGGAGACGGACUCCAUCGACGGCCAGUACGAGAAGAAGUUCAAGCAGGCACAAAUGUCCCAACAAAUCACCCGCUCCACCGUCUCCAACAAGACGCGGCUCAAGGUCCUCGGUGCCCGCCAGGAGCUCCUCGACAACAUCUUUGAGGACGCCCGCAAGAAGCUCGCCAACGCCACCAAGGACAAGGGCAAGUACCAGGCCACUCUCAAGAACCUGAUCCUCGAGGGCCUCUACGCUCUCUCCGAGCCCGAGGUCGUCGUCCGCGCACGGAAAGCCGACUUUGAUGCCGUCAAGAAGGCCAUCGACGAGGCCACCAAGGAGUACAAGAAGGAGGUUGGCAAGGACACCACGGCCAAGCUCGACGAGUCGGACCCCCUGUCCGCAGAGAGGUACGUGAUAUUCAAACGAGGAUCGGGCAGACAUAUCACGAUGACGUAUCAUGGUGCUAACAAACGAGGUAGCGCUGGAGGUGUUUUCGUCAUCGGUGGAAAGGGCAAGAUUGAAAUCAACAACACAUUCGAGGAGCGUCUAAACCUCCUCCAGGAGACCGGUCUGCCGGCCGUCCGAGAGACUCUGUUUGGCAAGAACCCCAACCGCAGAUUCACUGACUAA